ACUCAUGGAUAACUCCCGAACAGCCUCAUGCAAGUCCUGUGUCAAGGUUUACCUGUGCUCUAAUCCAGAAGGUACAGCAGUUCUGACUGUGUGUGCUGUGUGUAACUGAUUGGAGGAGGAAUGGAAGUAUAACCAGUGUGUGUGUUCUAGACUGCGUUGUGGAGCGCAGGGCUCUGAGAGAAAGUGUGUUUCCCAGGCUGAGGGAGCACUGCAGACACACACACGGACUGGACUUCAAGGUGAGAGAUCACCUCUGUUUUGAUGUCGGAAUGGAUAUAAUACUGUAGGAAGGUCUUAUUUAGCUUGUCCUGUAUCAUACUGUAGGAAGGUCAUAUUUAGCUUGUCCUGUAUCAUACUGUAGGAAGGUCUUAUUUAGCUUGUCCUGUAUCAGUUGGUGAACUAUUCAGUGCCCCUCAUGGUGGAGAGACACGGAGAGUGAGAUCAAAGCCUCUACAGAAGCCUGCCUUUAGGAGCAGUUAAACUCAAUACAUUCUACUGGGAUAGAGGAUGUUCUCACAAUGGUGCCAUGAAGAGAGAGGAGGGGAGGGGUUUGUUAUUGUUGAGUAUGAACAGGUGCUGAGUGACUGCGUGUGUGUUGAGUGUGAGUUUACCUUCAGGCAAUAUUAUAUGUUUGUGAAAUUAUCUCUAUUGAGCAGCAGGAGUUAUGAGCUUGAUGAAGAGAACCGAUAUUCAGAUGGACUAGAGGUUUUGUAAAUGUAUUUUUACAGCUGUGUGAACGAUAAUACAUUUCAUACUAUAUGUUUGACAAUAAAUAAUCUCUCUCCAGAAUAUUGUAGUUAAGUAGACCCACACACUGAAGCUGACUCUCAGGUGACAAUACUAGGCCCAGCUUUUGCUAUGAUCUAGGGAAGCUAUAAAGGUCUGAUUCAAUAUGAUGUUCUGUGUGUGUGUGUGUAGGUGAUAGACCCUUAUGAAGCAAGUGAUCCCAGAACAGGGCCAGACCAGCAGACUAGACAAAAGCUACUGCAGGCGUGUAGAGAAAGCUCUGAUGGACCCUACCUAGUGGUAAGUCACUAUAUCUGUGUCCCAAAUCAACCCCUACACCCUACUUAGUAAAUUUAGUAUAACCCUUGUCCCUAAUCAACCCUACACAAAUGUAGUAACUCCUGUACUUCUCUGUGUGUCCUGUGGGUGGUGCUGCAGGCUCUGGUGGGGGAACAGUAUGGUGCUGCGUGUUUACCUGCCCAGGUGGAGGUGGCAGAGUUCCACAUGCUGCUCCAGGUGUGCCAGCGAGCGGGCAUCAGUACCCACACUCUAGAGAAGGAAUACCUGAGAGACGAGAAUACAGUACCCCCGUCCUUCUGUCUGCAGCGACACAAACGCCUUCACACACAUCCGCACCCCGACACACAGGUGAGGACAAAUCACCAGGUAGACACACACACACACACACACACACACACACACACACACAGUGCAGCACAGAUCAUGAUGAUCUUUUUCUCAGACAGAUGAGAAGACAGGAGAAACAGGUGUCGAAGAGGAGGAGGAGAUGAGGAAGGUUUUGCAGGCUGCUGUGAGUCAGUGUGUUCAGGAGGGUCUCCUAACAACAGAGAGAGCCCUUGGCUACUACAGGUCAGGUGAGCGAGAUGUGUGAGUGAAAUGAUCGUGAAAAAGAACGAUCUGCACACUGAAAUGCAUAAGAGAAUGUUUCAAAGCGAGGCUUAAAUAGCAAAAUACUGUUUUCUAGUUUUUAUUUAUUCUUUAACUACACUGAACUAAAAUAUAAACGCAACAAUUUCAAAGAUUUUACUGAGUUACAGUUCAUAUAAGGAAAUCAGUUAAUUGAAAUAAAUUCAUUACGCCCUAAUCUAUGGAUUUCACAUGACUGGGAAUACAGAUAUGCAUCUGUUGGUCACAGAUACCUUAAAAAUAAAGGUAGGGGCGUGGAUCAGAAAACCAGUCAGUAUCUGGUGUGACCACCAUUUGCCUCAUGCAGCGCGACACAUCUCCUUCGCAUAGAGUUGAUCAGGCUGUUGAUUGUGGCAUGUGGAAUGUUGUCCCACUCCUCUUCAAUGGCUGUGUGUUGCUGGAUAUUGGCGAGAACUGGAACACGCUGUCGUACAUGUCGAUACAGAGCAUCCCAAACAUGCGCAAUGGGUGCUUGGAUUUUGCCAACCAUAAUGAUUGUUGCCUAUGUAGGCCUAUUGGAUAAUUAUUAAAUCAUUAUUUAUUGAAGUUCUUGUCUCUCAUCAUCAUUGAAUCUCUAUGCUAGCUAGCUACAUGCUAAUGAUUUGUUUAUCGAAUGAAUAGAAUGAUUAGAAUGAAUGACUGGGUCAAAACAUGAGAAUAUAACUAAUAACCAGCCUGCUUGGCUAGAAACUAAUGUACUCUUUAAAAUAAUGUUGUUAAUUUAAAAAAAUUUUUUUAUAUUUUUUAUAAAUAUGUUGCCAAACGUUUUAUAAAAGCAAUGAGGCCCUCGAACCCUAGGAUUAUCGUGUGAUAAAUCCCUCCUAAGGGCUGUUCCUAAAAGCUCUGACACACCGGUAAGAUUGUUAAACGUUUGCCUGCCGACAGUACUUGGCACCUCUGAAUAGUGUCGGCAGUCAAUCUCUUUUGUGUUCACACAGAAAAGACCUUGGAAGUCGUCAGCCUCUCAGCCUUGUUAAAAUACUACAACCCAGAAGGUGGCAGUAGUGUUGUCUGGCAAUACAUAUCUGUGCGUAUUGCUUAUGGUCAUAUUCCUAGCUAUCUGCGCUAAAGUUGCUAUUUUGUAGAAAGCCCUUGUUGAUACUAGCCAGAUGGCCACAGUUAGAUAUCUACCUAGCAAGAUGGUCCUCUGUAGCUCAGCUGGUAGAGCACGGCGCUUGUAACGCCAAGGUAGUGGGUUCGAUCCCCGGGACCACCCAUACACAAAAAUGUAUGCACGCAUGACUGUAAGUCGCUUUGGAUAAAAGCGUCUGCUAAAUGGCAUAUUAUAUUAUUAUUUAUUUUAAACAAUUUAAUUCACCUCUCCAUAAUCCCAUGCUGCCAGUGCCAGCCCAUUGCCAAAUGUUUAGCUAGCUAGCUAACGUUAGCAUAUACGCUAGCUAUCAUAACAUAGCUAGCUAGCUAGCUAAGGACAUUGCACUAAUUUGGCAGCUUCAUGAAAACGAGCUAAUCCAUUGUGAUUUCAUUACAACAAAGACAGUACAAUUUGAAUAUAGGCUAAAACUGCUUCUCCAAUAGAAAUCCCAGAUCACAUUUGUAAGGGAUGUCAUGGCGACAUUGGCUAGCAAAACUCAUGCAUAGAAACAAGUCAUCGGGUCUAACGGACGUAUCGCGCCGAACUACGCAUGUGCAGGCUAUCAACUCAAAGGCACUCCUUCGAUAUAAAGUUGUUUUUGACGAAAAUGAAAACGUGUCAGUUUGUCACUUUCACGAGGUUGGAGUAAUAACAUGUUCAACUACUUAAGACAUUGGCUCGAAUCUAGGUUGUGCCUUUAGAUUUAGAGGAAAUUAACAAUUAAGGAAGAAUUCUUCACUUCUCUCAUUGACUUCUCAAACCCCAAAGCCUGGUCUGUUUCGCAAGCGUUCCCGGAAGUCUUGCGAUGUUGCGGCUCUGGGUUUCGAAACUCUGCGAUUAUAAUGUCAAUACUAGCUACAGUGGUUAGCUAGAUUGGAGCAUCUGUGCAUUUAGUUAGCUAACAUCCCAUAGCCUACGUUGCAUAUUAAGUGUGACUGGCUUAUCCGGGGAUGUACAGAGAUGCAGUGGGAGAAAAUGCACUCUUUUUUUCUUCUUUUUUUGUUGGCUCAUCCACGUGGAGGUUCGUGCUUCAUAGAAAGUGUUACCAUCCAUCUUUAUUGUUAUCAGUAAAUAUAGACAAUUUCUAGCAGCUAUUUUUUUUCCAAGUCUUUAAACUUUCCACAACAUGGGAAAAAAACGGAAGUGGGCACAAAGUCAAAAUCAAAACAGUUGUUUUAUAGAUCAUUAAAAUAAUGGGCUCACAUACAGUAUGUCAUCUGUAAGUCAGAAUGCAGAGUGAGGUGCACUGGGUGGUCAGUCCAGGACCUGCAUCUCUAUGCUGGAGGAAACCUCUGCUUGUUGCUGCUUCCAUCUCCUGGUGUAAACUGUUACUAUAAUCACCAUAAAAGGCAGAGCUACACAGAGCACUAUAUGACUGAUGUGGGUGUGAACAGUGUUACAGGUAGCUGUGGGAGUGGUAGAGGGACUGACAGAUGGAGGACUGUGGCCUGUGAAAGUGAAUGGGGCUCAGAAGUCAAUGGAGGUCUUCACUGUUCCUUUGUCAGUCAGCUGGCAUCUCUACUUCCUGUUGUUGUCCUCUUCUUGGAGUGUCACUGUCAGAGGGAUGUCACAGACAGACACCUGUGUGAGCUGGUAUCUGGAUUCUCCCUGCAGCUCUGUACCACUCUCAUUUACCCAGCUUAAACUAACACUCCUAAGAGCAAAUUAUGAGUAACCGUUUCUAGGACCAUCAAAAGAGCACAGAGAGCAGCUCAAGGUCAACGCCUCAUGAGGUUUUAGAUCUGUCACUGAUGUGGAUGAGGAAAUGGAGACGCCAGACAGAUAAACCUGUGUAACCUCACCGAAGUUCUUGGCUUCAUCCUCAAUGUAUUGCUCACAGAUAUAGAUCCCAGCAUCCUCAGCUCUGACAAGCUGAGAGCAGUUAGACCCCACCUUCAGUCUCUCAGCUCUCUCUGAGUUUUCAACACACAGUAGCCUACCAGUCAGGAGAAGAGCAGUGCUGAUCAUCCGUAGCUCCACCAGAAGAAGGGAUGUAGCUCAGUUGGUAGAGCAUGGCGUUUGCAACGCCAGGGUUGUGGGUUCGAUUCCCACGGGGGGCCAGUAUGAAAAAAUAAAAAAUAAUGUAUGCACUAUGGAUAAGAGCGUCUGCUACAUGACUAAAAUGUAAAUGUAAAAAUGUAAAGUCCAGUAUGCUUGUCCACAGCCAUGACCUCUCUGUUUUCAGAGUGUGUAAUAGUAAUGUGUCUCUAUAGCCCUUCUAGGUAGAGAUUACCAUGUGACUUCCUCUUCAGCCUCGACCAAUGAGAAGUGACUGAAUGGAAACUACAUAAUGUACCACCUGUGUCCAGCUAGGCCAGACAAUUUUCAAGGUUGUGGUUUUUGUUCGGUUCUAAACAUAUGAGCCACAUGAACCCACACUCAGCCCCCAUAAGCAACCUAAAACACUGUUGCUAUGUCUCUGUCCCCAUAGUAACAGAUACCCCAGUAUCUUUCUAUAAUCUUGAUUUGCACAUCCGUCUGAAGAAAGAUGUGAAGGUGUGAAAUGACUCAAUGUUCCCUUCAUUGAGGUGCUGUGUUCAAGAGAGAACAGGUGACCUCACCCCCAUCUCUCUCUGUAGGUGUAAAGUAAAGGAAGUGGUCGGAGUUGAACAACAUCCACUGAAAGAAAGACGAACUGCACUUAUAUUCACCUCUCUGACAUUUUAAAUAGCUCCAUCACUGUAGUGGGAUUUCAGCAUAUCUAGAGGAAUUGUACAUUCUUCACACGUCUCUCCAGCCAUUGAAGUUAUUUUAAGUUGUCCAACAGAUCACUAUGUAAUAUCCUCUUUAUUAAGGUGUACAUUUGAAAACUCUAUCUCUCCAGCUCUCGACACAGACCUGCGAUUCGCUCUGGAGAACCGUCCUAGACAUGACAUCAUCAAACGCUGCCUGGUCUAUGUCAACAAGAUCUCCAAUGGGCGGGGCCAGAGUGAGGGGGCAGACCAAUCCCCUAAAGAGCAGCUCCUACACCCCUAUCCACCACUCAAGGUAGAUGCUUCGCUUAAUAACUGAUCUAGAAUCAGAUUACCUUCCCCCCAACCUCAACCUGGGGAUGACAAAUAUCUGACCCUUUAUCAGUGGUAUUAGGUAAGGAGUAACGUCAUCCCCCAUCUACCACAGGCUCUGUCCGAUGACAGCCUCCUGACCCAGCUCUGUGACCACUUCCUGCCCAGCAUGGUGACUUCCUGUCAGCUCCUGGUGUACACCGCAACUUCGGAAUGUGACCCUCGUCAUGGUUACACCCCCGCCAGGAGGAGGAGCUAUGCGGAGGGUCUCUGCCAGCAGCUUUACUCCGACCUCCUGGCUCUGAUUGACAGCUCUGUCGCCAUGGGAAUGGGCAAGUCAGUAUUGUCACCUCGUUCUGAUGCGUUGACCAGAGAGCAGGCUGAGCAGGAGGAGCUGUGUUCUCUCUAUUCCCGUCUCUAUGACAACAAUCGGCCAGAGGAAGAGGAAGUCAGGUCUUACCUGGAGCAGAAGGAAACACAACACCCACUAGUGGUCGUCGGAGGGCCGUGCACAGGGAAAACUGUGCUGCUGGCACAUUGUGCACAACAGGUAGAUGGAGCAGUAACUCAGGACAUGGGCCAUACAGUAUCUCAUAGAAGUGAUUUGAAGUAGAAACUACCUAUAGCUUACUUCUAUAACACAUUACUAGCUACAUUACUGACUGAAUAUCCAGACAACAUACAUUAUAAUAUCUAAUAAUAUCUUGCUUUAGAAGAGAUCUGCAGGGUUCAAUCCCAAAUGACUGGGACUGCACUGAUUGGCGGCGCCAUAUAACAGCCUGUUUCUCUCUCCUCUCUUCUGCAGGUGAGGUCGUGGCUGAGCGACAGGGAUCCAGUGGUGAUUAUCCAGUUCACCAACCUGUCAGUCAACCUCUCACCUAGACACCUUCUCUCCAGCCUGUGCCACCAGAUAGCUCACAGAUACAACCAUAACCCCAGUACCAGAGACCCUGACCCUACCCUCCCCCAGCUCAGAUAUAACCUUUCCUCCCUCCUCUCCGUCUCCCCCUCCCCUAAACAACCCCUGGUCCUCAUCCUCGACGGCCUAGACCAAGGUUUGACCGUCUCCGGACCCCAAACCAUCCAGUGUCUCCCUUCCCCCCUCCCUCCCAACGUCAAACUCAUUCUCUCCAUCUCCCCCACCCGAACCAAUACCCUCCACACCCUUGAACUCCAUUACCCACAAUCCUCCUCUGCAGUGUUUGGUGUCUCAGGGUGCUGUGUGAGUGUGGAGCUGGGGCCGGUGGAGGGGAGUGGGUGUGUGAGGAUGUUGACGGCCCUCCUGGAGAAGUCAGGAAGGAGAGUGACAUCGGGACAGCAGGGGGUCGUGAACUUGGCCGUGAUCUCCUGCCCUCUGACCCUCUACGCUCGCCUCCUGCACAGACACGCCUCGCUGUGGACCUCAGGUACACAUCAAAACACAGUAUACACACAUCUAUCUCUAUAUACAGUUGAAGUCGGAAGUUUACAUACACCUUAGCCAAAUACAUUAAAACUUAGUUUUUCACAAUUCCUGACAUUUAAUCCUAGUAAAAAUUCCCUGUCUUACGUCAGUUAGGAUCACCACUUUAUUUUAAGAAUGUGAAAUGUCAGAAUAAUAGUAGAGAGAAUGAUUUAUUUCAGCUUUUAUUUCUUUCAUCACAUUCCCAGUGGGUCAGAAGUUUACAUACACUCAAUUAGUAUUUGGUAGCAUUGCCUUUAAAUUGUUUAACUUGGGUCAAACGUUUCAGGUAGCCUUCCACAAGCUUCCCACAAUAAGUUGGGUGAAUUUUGGCCCAUUCCUCCUGACAGAGCUGGUGUAACGGAGUCAGGUUUGUAGGCCUCCUUGCUCGCAAACACUUUUUUAGUUCUGCCCACACAUUUUCUAUAGGAUUGAGGUCAUGGCUUUGUGAUGGCCACUCCAAUACCUUGACUUUGUUGUCCUUAAGCCAUUUUGCCACAACUUUGGAAGUAUGCUUGGGGUCACUGUCCAUUUGGAAGACCCAUUUGCGACCAAGCUUUAACUUCCUGACUGAUGUCUUGAGAUGUUGCUUCAAUAUAUCCACAUAAUAUUCCUUCCUCAUGAUGCCAUCUAUUUUGUGAAGUGCACCAGUCCCUCCUGCAGCAAAGCACCCCCACAGCAUGAUGCUGCCACCCCCGUGCUUCACGGUUGGUGUGGUGUUCUUCGGCUUGCAAGCGUCCCCCUUUUUCCUCCAAACAUAACGAUGGUCAUUAUGGCCAAACAGUUCUAUUUUUGUUUCAUCAGACCAGAGGACAUUUCUCCAAAAAGUACGAUCUUUGUCCCCAUGUGCAGUUGCAAACCGUAGUCUGGCUUUUUUAUGGCGGUUUUGGAGCAGUGGCUUGUUCCUUGCUGAGCGGCCUUUCAGGUUAUGUCGAUAUAGGACUCGUUUUACUGUGGAUAUAGAUACUUUUGUACCUGUUUCCUCCAGCAUCUUCACAAGGUCCUUUGCUGUUGUUCUGGGAUUGAUUUGCACUUUUCGCACCAAAGUACGUUCAUCUCUAGGAGACAGAACGUGUCUCUUUCCUGAGGUGUUUAUACUUGCGUACUAUUGUUUGUGCAGAUGAACGUGGUACCUUCAGGCGUUUGGAAAUUGCUCCCAAGGAUGAACCAGACUUGUGGAGGUCUACAAUUUUAUUUCUGAGGUCUUGACUGAUUUCUUUUGAUUUUCCCAGCAAAGAGGCACUGAGUUUGAAGGUAGGCCUUGAAAUACAUCCACAGGUACACCUCCAAUUGACUCAAAUGAUGUCAAUUAGCCUAUCAGAAGCUUCUAAAGCCAUGACAUCAUUUUCUGGAAUUGUCCAAGCCGUUUAAAGGCACCGUCAACUUAGUGUAUGUAAACUUCUGACCCACUGGAAUUGUGAUACAGUGAAUUAUUAGUGAAAUAAUCUGUCUGUAAACAAUUGUUGGAAAAAUUACUUGUGUCAUGCACAAAGUAGAUGUCCUAACCGACUUGCCAAAACUAUAGUUUGUUAACAAGAAAUGUGUGGAGUGGUUGAAAAACAAGUUUUAAUGACUCCAACCUAAGUGUAUGCAAACUUCCGACUUUAACUGUAUCUGGAGCUAAUUUCUCUUUCUCUCUGUCCUCUCUCGCGCUCUCCCUCUCAGCAUCAGAGGUGACUGAUGGGACCCUUCCUGUGGGUGUCCACUCCAGCAUCACAGUGUUUCUGGGUCACCUAGAGGAGAAACAUGGGUUGGCUCUGGUGUCCCGAGCCCUGAGCUACCUGACCCUCUCCAGGACCGGACUCACAGAGGCUGAGCUCUCUGACCUCCUGUCCAGUGAUGACGAGGUGCUGGCUGGUUACGUCUCGGCCAGUGAGCCCCCUCCCUCCAGGGCUAGGGUACCUGAGGUGGAAGUGGAGAGGCUGUUGUUGGAUCUGAAGGGGUUUCUGGUGAAGAGGAGUGUUGCGGAGUCUCAUGUGCUGUUCUGGGUCAGUAGACAUUUUGGGUUGGUGGUGUGUAAGAGGUACCUGAGCUCCUGUGAGAUGAGGGAGGAGAUGCACACAGCGAUGGCCGACUAUUUUAAUGGUCGCUGGGCCUAUGGUAGAGCCAAACCACUAGUCAUCAGCCAGAACACAGGACUCAACCAGCCUGGGGCUGUCCCUGACACUGCCCGAAUGAAAAUAUACAUCGACAGGCAGCCUCCUGGUCAACCCUAUGUGUUUAACUCUGAACCCUCCUCAUCCUCUUCCUCCCCCUCUUCUGAGCAUGUGCGAGUCAACCUGCACAAGCUUCUGGAACUGCCCUAUCACCUGAAGGAGAGUGGCAGGUGGGAGGAGCUAGGGCGAGGGCUGAUGAUGUCACUGGAGUUCCAUCAGGCCAUGCUGAGGGCGGGGCUCCUGGGGGAUCUGGUAACCCUGCUGGAAGAUGGGGAAGGGGAGGGGGCAUCCCAGCUCAUCUUCCCCAGGGAGAGAGCUCUUCUGGCGGGCAUACUGAGGGACUCAACCUGCCUCCUCUGGCGCUCCCCUAUGGAGCUGUCCAUGGUGAUGAAGGUCAGGCUGCUUCCUUUCCUGGGGCUCUGUCCUGAGCUGGAGGGCUAUGCUGAGGAGGUGACACAGGGGAUCAGGAAGAGGGGCCGUGGGUUAGGAGUGGUGCUCAGUCCUGCCCCCUCUACUGUACCCUCCACACAGUGUUUACUUCCAGAGGCCAGACAGUGUCCUGUUACCGAUGCAGCGGGGACAGUGUCUGGGACUGUGGUUGUGAUACAGAGUGAUGGCUCUGCUUGGGUGUGGAGGGGUAGGGAGGCCGAGGAACUGAAAUUGAGCUGUGAACCUCCGCUGAGGUACGUAAGUGUCCGGAGUAGUGGGAGUUUCAUCCUCCUCUCGACUCAGUGCAACAGACAGCUCCUGUGGGAUGUGAACGGGACAACGUUUUUCCAGGACAUACUGAGUCUAGAAAGACGGGAGCCAAAACCAACAGACCAACACGCCAGGACCAUAGUUGAAGGGUUCCUCGUGUGUGAUGACAGGAUGUGUGUGUGGUGGAAAGGUCUGAGCUACGUGAGUGUCUCUAAAGUUUCCACCAGCAAACUCCUCACCCGUUUGCAGUGCCAGAACACUGUGAGGAGUGUGUCUUUUCCCUCUAGUGGUCGGUUUGUGUACUGUGGCCAGGAGAAAGGCGCAGUGUCUAUAUUUGACACUUCUACAGGCACUCUCACUGCUACCUGCUCCAGUCCAGCAGAGUCGUCCGUCAUCUCUGUGAUUCUCAGUGAGGAUGAGGGGGAGAUGGCGUGUGUCGACAGCAGAGGGAACAUAUUGUUAUGGGGCGUAGCGACCAAAACAGCUCCCAAACUCCUAAAGGAGUGUUGUAGUGGCAGCAGCCAUUUUGAGUUAAUCAAUACAGACCUAUCAGAAGAGAGUAGUAUUCUGCUGGUGUGUAAAACCCAGGAGAUUGUUCUCUGGGACACGUGUGACUGGGAGCAAUGUGACCACUUCAGAGCUCCACAGGGGAAGGCCUUCUCUCAGGCGUUGUUAGCCCAGGACGGACACCUCAUCCUGGCUUCGCUAGAGGCCUGUCCCUCUGUGCUGGUGUGGAGGAUGACCACUGGUCAGUGUGUCCUCUCCUUAGACACUGGCAGUCCCUCCCAACCCCUCUCACUGCUCAAGAUGGAGUGUGUCCUCUCAGUGGUCACACAAAAUGGCCACCUCACUAAGUGGGACUCAGAGGUAAUAUGUGCUGCGGCUAUGGUCCCUAGAACGGGGGCAGGCGUGAGGGAGGUGGUGCUGGAGCCAAUGGGAGAGCGGUUCUAUGUGAUUGACGGCUCAGAGGUGUUGUGGAGGUGGAGCUUACAGACAGGAAGUCCGGAGGCUCACUUCCUGCACGACGGCCCCGUGGAGAAGCUGUGUCUCUCUCCAGACGGCAGCCAUCUUGUGAGCCUCUCAGGGGAGGAUGUUUACGUGUGGCGGAGCGACACGGGACAGAACCUCCACCGUAUCCAUGGGAGCAGAGCUACAGAGGUUCUGAUCACUUCUAACGGUCACAUCGGGGUGUGUGUGUCGCAGCUCGGCCUGUCCAGGGUGUGGAAGCUGGCCAGUGGGGGCGUGGUCUGUAACAUUCACCUGUACCUGGCUGACGCCCAGGUCUCACCUGAGAGCACCUUCCUGUUAGGCCGUCAUCAUGGCGACCUGCUCGCCGUCAGCCUGUGGUCUGGCACCGUCAGUAAGCGCUUCUCGUGCUCAGAACGCUAUGAACGUUCUACGGUCGUGGCCUUCCGGACCCUGCCGGAACACCCUGACUUUGUGAUCGUGAUGGCUGCCUCUGGGUCUGUGUACACUUGGAGGGUGACAGAGGAGACGGUAUGCCGACAGUUUCUGCUCCCCCAGAUGUUCCUGUGCCAGCCACAGGUCUUCCACAUGUCCUCUGAUGGGAGCUUUGCUGUGCUGUCCACUGAUGAUGACCUCAUCACCCUGCUGGACCUGCCCCAUGCCAGGCUGUGUAGGGUCAAGGCCCAGGGUCCAGUCCUCAAAGUUUGCUUGGACGACUCUGGACGCUACGCUGUCUACAUCUGCCACCCCCCUGCCCAGGGUAAUGGCUGUGCCUGUGACCUGCACACUAAGCCAAUGCUGGCAGUGGUACGGCUGGCUGACGGGGGGAGACUGGGGAGGUUGUGUCUAUGUAAGACCCCCACAGCUCUGGCUGUGAGUGAGGAGCUGUGUGUGUAUGUGGGCUUCCAGGAUGGGUCUGUGGGCGUGUACUCCAUCUCUGACGUCACAGGAAGAGGAGGGGCUGUCAGGGGAAGGAUCGAAGGGAUUGGUCGGGAGAGGCCAUGCCGGUGUGACAGUGAGCCAGUGCGAUGGUUGCCCCUAGCAACACCCAGCAUCACAUGGGCCAAGUCUUCUUCAGAGAUGACA